AUGUUGCCGGACCGUCAUCGGAGACUCCGAUCGGAGGCACGACCCUGCCACUCUUCAACCGUUGCGGGUACGUAUCGAGCGCCCACUUACGCCAGCGCCCUGCACCGUGGCAAGCAGCGCCUGCGCCUAUGGCGAGGAAAGCACGCAGAUCCAUACAGACCAUCCUCGACACCUAAUAUUCCUAAUGAGACCUCGCAAGGCACACGCCUCGAGACCUUACGCAAGCGUCAGCAGCGUGGGCUGCUGCCCAGCAAUGAAUGGCUCGAUACCCUUGCACACCGUGCCGUGGACCGCAUCUAUACCGAAGAGAUUCAGCGCUCUGAAGAUCUCGUACUCACGAUCGAGAUGCCUGCUUGGGACGUGCCUAUCGUGUACGGCGAGCCAGAGCCUAUGCCAGAGCCGCUGCCGCAGGCCACGACACGACCAGCGCCCGACGCGAACGUCGAGCGCACAUGGAUCCAGCCCUCGCUCUUCACGAUCAAUGAUCUUGAUGCUUCCAGUGAGAAUUUGGUCGAGGCCAAGCACCGUCGACUCGUGCGCAGCCAGCGCCUAGAUGCCUUGGACCGCGAGCGGAAACCCACCGCGGCGGUGCGCGAUGAGCUCCAUACCCUCUUGCUGUAUCCGCCUACACGUGUACUAACAACUGCAGAAAUGGACCUGAUCUGGUCAUUUCGUUUCUACUUAACGCGCCACUCGUCAGCUUUGACCAAGUUUGUCAAGUCAGUCGUCUGGUCCGAUGCCCAGGAGGCGAAACAAGCAACGGAUUUGCUGCUGCCGAUGUGGGCUGAGCCACAGCUGUCCGAUGCACUAGAAUUAUUGGGUCCAACAUUCCAGCAUCUUAAGGUGAGGGCGUACGCGGUAAAGCAGUUGCGCCAAGCGAGGGAUGACCAGCUCCAACUGUACCUGCUGCAGUUAGUGCAGGCCCUCAAGUUCGAUGAAGAGGCCUUCCAGGCCGCGGAUGAUGAGCAACGUGCUCUGUACAGUUCGAGUACGCACCAGGAGACGCCGCGCCUCGUUGAUCUCUUGUGCAGUCGUAGUGCACACAAUGCCGCACUGGGUACCAUGUUUUUUUGGUAUGUCAUGGUGGAACGCAACGACAAACGACAUGGUGAGCUGUUUGGACGCGUGCAUGAUCAGUUUCUCGCCCUUCUCGCGCGAGAGAAUGCUCCCCUCGUUGAGAUGCUGGAGCGGCAACGGCUCUUUGUCGAUAUGCUAACGAGCAAAGCGGCGGAGCUGCGUGGAUCACGCGAUGUGCGACCCACUAAGAUUGACAAACUGCGAACAUGGCUGGCCGAUCGAAAAACGGGCCUGCGCGCCUUUUCGGCGCCCCUAGCGCUGCCGCUCGACCCCGACGUGCAUGUGACGGGCGUGGUGGCUGAGAACAGCACAGUGUUUAAAAGCAACCUGUUUCCCCUGCGCAUUGAAUGCCGCGGCGAGCGUGAUUCCUACACGGUGAUCGUCAAAAAUGGGGACGAUUUGCGUCAAGACCAACUGGUCCUGCAACUAUUUGCCCUCAUGGACCAACUGUUACGUGACGAGAAUUUGGACCUAAAAAUUACACCGUACCAUGUCCUAGCCACAAGUUCGAACGAUGGCCUUGUGCAGUACAUUCCAAGUAUGAGCGUGGCAGCCGCCGUGGCAGAGUAUGGUGACCUACUGGGUUACAUGCGAAGCCAGUAUCCCGACGCCGACAGUGUUGCCACGUUUUAUGUCCAGGCCGCCGUGCUUGAUACAUUUGUACGCAGCUGUGCUGGCUACUGCGUCAUUACAUACCUAUUGGGUGUGGGUGACAGACAUAUGGACAACCUGUUAAUUGCUGCCGAUGGGCACUUUUUCCAUGUCGACUUUGGCUACAUUCUCGGGCGGGACCCGAAGCCAUUUCCGCCGCCCGUGAAGGUUUGCAAGGAGAUGGUCGAUGCAAUGGGCGGGACAUCUUCCAUGUACUACAUGCGCUUUAAGAAGCUAUGCCAUACAGCCUUUGCGUGCCUUCGCAAAAAUGCAAAUCUGAUCCUGAACUUGAUCGCUCUGAUGGUCGAAGCAGAUAUUCCCGAUAUACGCGCGGAACCAGAUAAGGCCGUGCUCAAGAUUCAGGACAAGUUUAUGCUCAAUGUGAGCGAAGAAAUCGCUGUGCAACAGUUUGAAGCAUUACUCAAUGAGACGUCCUACAUAUCGACCAUGUUCGACCGUCUUCACAACAUGGCUCAGUACUUCCGUCAGUAG